AGCAGAUUGAUGCCGCGUUCAGUUUUCUUACCCGGUAUUUCUCUCUAUCGGUUAAUGAUGCAGCUAGGUAGCUCGAACACCUACAGAUCCGGGGUACGGUAGGACAAACGGGUCUGCAGCAGACACCGCUACACCACUACAAAACGCUACCUAGGUACCACCAGCUGUGCCCUAUCUAGGUAUGCCACCUGGUCUGAAAAGUCCCCAACUAAGGAAAAAAAAAAACUUCUCGAAGUUUCGCUCCCCUUCACCAUGUUACAAAUGCGUGCAUGCAUGCUACCUGAAUUCUGGCUGCACCGCGGCCGUGGUAACGACUCAGGACAACGAUAUUGCUAUCAUUUCCUAUCCUUUCUCGGACACCGCCGCGCAAACCACCGUCUUGGACUUGAACUCACCAUACGCGGCUGAUAGAUAGCCUUGCUGAUAGCCUUGCUGAUAACCAGAGAGGCAAGGCGCUUUCGUUCCUUACUUGCUUAAACUACGUACCUACCUAUGCAAUCGAUCGAACUUGACGUGAGCCUCUAUCGAAUCGUCUACUGCCCACCCUCGCUCUCUCGAUUGGUCAAACCGCCGCUAGUCAUCGCGACCAGUCCCGUAUACGAACUUGAUCUUGAUUAUACCGACCUCGGCGAUCGCCCAUUGAACAUUCCUCUGUUGCCUUGCCCCUCCCCUCUCGAUCUCUUUCCCGCCAACAACUCCAACGCCGUCGUCAAUCAUUUCCGUCCUCCUCAACCUGUCGCCGCCAUGAUGGCAAACGAUGAUGUCAAGCGAGCCGAGAUGUUGAAGACUGAGGGAAAUAAGCAUUUCACAUCGGGCAAUUUUGCCGCUGCCGAAGGCUUGUAUUCUAAAGCUAUCAUUGUUGAUCAUACCAAUUAUGCGCUAUACACGAACCGCGCGAUGUCCAGAUUGAGGCUCUCAAUGUACGAGUCGGCUGUCGUGGAUUGCCACACUUGCCUGCAGCUGAGCGGCCCAAAUAAAAAGGCGUAUUUUAUCCUAUCCCAAUGCCUACUGGCCUUGCACGACUUUGAGGGCGCACUCGAGAAUGCCCUUUUGGCUUACCGCUUGGGUUGCGAAAUGGGGGAUAAGUUGCUUGGAACCUUGACGGCUCAAGUAUUGCGAUGUAAAAAAGAACGCUGGGAUGAAUUAGAGAAGAAGCGAUCUCGCGAGGGCCAAGCGCUCGAAAGGCAGGUCAUUUCUCUCAUGGAGCGCGAACGGGAUGAUAACCUCGCGAGCUGUGCUGACGAGACCGAGCGGAUUGCGGUCAAAGAAGAGUAUGAGGAGCAAAUCAGCCGGCUCCAAGCCACUUUCGAGGCUGCGAGGGUGGCAGACGAGAGGAGGCGAGAGGUGCCUGACUGGGCUAUCGAUGACAUUAGUUUUGGGAUAAUGGUUGAUCCAGUGAUGACAAAGACCGGCAAGUCGUACGAGAGAGCCUCCAUCUUGGAGGCUUUACGGAGACAGCCACUUGAUCCAAUUACCAGAGAACCUUUGCAUCCUUCAGAAUUGCGUCCCAAUUUGGGUCUGAAACAAGCCUGCGAUGAAUUCCUAGACCAGAACGGUUGGGCUGUCGACUGGUGAGGACUAGGUGUGAGAAGGGGGAGGGCAAGCAUUCAAUUUGGCCGGGUAUUCUAUGAACUAAUCAGUG